AAAAAUGUAUGCGGCGCUUGCUGUAGGCCUGUACUGUGCACAUACAGUGUGGUGUUGUCAUGACAGCCGUAUCAACAAUAACUACACUGAUAUAACGAAGCCAUCAGGUCGAGCUGCAGAUGCGAUCAUCUUUCUGUGAUCCCACGAUUUAAUCAGGCUUUACCCGACAUUUCAGGUAUCAUGAGCACCCAGGGCAGUACAGUAAAGGUAUAUGUACGCAUCCGUCCCACAGCCAGUUUUGCACAUGAGCUCAUUGAAUGUCUUCCUGACCAUCAGACUCUGAGUGUACGGUCAAAGAAAGACUCCAAGAGAUUACGGAGCAAUAAUCAAAUAAACUCCAGAUUAUUUAAACUUGAUGGGGUGCUGCACAAUGUGUCACAGGAAGAAGUCUAUGAUUAUGUUGCCCGGAGCGUUGUGUUUGGAGCGUUUCGAGGCUACAAUGGUACAAUUUUGUGCUUUGGGCAAACUGGAGCGGGUAAAACAUACACCAUGACAGGAGCUGCGGAGGCUUACAGACAGAGAGGCAUCAUUCCUCGUGCUCUACAGCAGGUCUUCCAUGAGGUGGAGCAACGUACAGACCAUACCUUCUCUGUGCACCUCUCCUUUCUAGAAAUCUACAAUGAGACUAUGGUGGACCUUUUGUCGACCUUAAAGCGGGGAAAAGGUGGGAAUAGUGGGGUCUUAACUGUGGUAGAAGAACCAGGGGGUGGAGUCUCAAUUAAAGGGCUGACUUUACAUCUGGUUCACAAUGAAGAGGAGGCUCUUAGUCUGCUUUUUGAGGGGGAGAUAAACAGAAUAAUUGGAGAACAUGCCCUUAAUAAAAAUUCCUCCAGGUCUCAUUGCAUAUUUACUGUUUACAUUGAGUCACGGUCACGCACGCUGUCAGAUGCAAAAUACAUCACCUCUAAACUGAACCUGGUGGACCUGGCGGGAUCUGAAAGACUCAGCAAAACUGGGUCAGAGGGACAAGUCCAAAGAGAGGCCAUGUAUAUCAACAAAUCCCUGUCUUUUUUGGAACAGGUUAUCUUGGCUCUAGCCGAUAGCCACAGAGAACACGUUCCCUUCAGACAAAGCAAACUUACUCAUGCUCUUAAAGACUCACUUGGAGGAAACUGUAACACUGUUCUGGUGGCCAACAUAUAUGGUGAAGCCUCACAAAUUGAAGAGACGAUUUCAACACUUCGCUUUGCCUCCAGAAUGAAAUGUGUACAGACAAAGCCAUCAAUAAAUGAAUAUAUCGACCCUGUGCUUCAGGUGAAAAAACUUCAGAAAGAAAUCCAGUUUCUUAAAGAGGAGCUGUCUAUGUAUUACACACCGACUAAUCGUGUCAGAGUUUUCAAUGAGAUUCUGUCAGAGACGCAGGUGGCAGAAGUGAAGGGUCAGGUGCAGAGUUACCUGUCUGGCUCUCUGGAUGAGAUUCCGAUUGUGAAUGUUAUUCAGAUCCAAGAAGUGUUUGCCCAGUUCAGAAAAGUUGUGCUGGAGAAAGAAGAAAAAUUUAAAGAGCAUCUGCGUCUGAGAAAUACUACAGCAGAGAAAGCCUUAGACACAACACCAUCCUCCGCUGCAGAAAUGUUGGGAUCUGUAUCUACUGUAGGAGAGGUGGACAGAGGCGGAUAUGGGCUUGGUUUAGCUGACUCUUCACAGAGGCAUCAACAAGCUGUAUCACCUAAACCAAGUAAACGCAAACAUAUGAGCAGAAAGGAAGAAGCACUGAACCUGGCGCCAAUGGAAACUACUACCGUAGAAGCUGAACAGCCCUUGAAUCUGAGUGAUUCAGACUUGGUCAAACAUGAAUACCAACAGCAUGUUUCUGAAGAUCAACACAGAACUGACUCUCCUCCUCCUAAGGCAGAAGCAUUUGAGGAUUUCAAAGCAGAAAAGGGAAGUGAGAUUAAUCGUAUACUAAAAGAAAACAAAGCUGUGCUGUUGGAGCGCAGGUCCCAGUUACGCUCCCUUACUGAUGUCAUCAAUGUGACUAAACGUGAUAUGGAUUACAUUGCUUCUGAAUUACAACAAUUCAGAGAACAAAGACAAAACCAGGGACAGUUUGUGAAUGCAGAGGGUGAACCUGUGCUCGAGGAGGCAGAGCUGUCUCUAGUGAUGCAGCUGAAGGAGUUAAAGAGCCGUUACAGAAAAGCUUACGAGGACCACACCAGCAUUAAAGCUGAAGUCAGCUACUGUCAGCAACUUGUGAAUCAGUGUCGGGUACGGCUACUUACAGAGUUUGAGAGCUGGUACAAUGAAUCUUUCCUGUUGCCGGAUCAAGUGUUGUCCAUUUUAGAGCAUGGACCAAUUAGACCAGGACGUGUACCCGUAGACAUAGCUUUAACCCUGGAUGAUGAACAACAGUCAUUUGAGCAUCUCGGUGACAAUCUUCAAGAAAGUCCCAGUGCUGUAUCAUUUCAUAAUGCUUAUAACAAAACUCUCCAGAGGAGAGGAAAGCAUUAGGACAACAAAACCAAUGGACUUCAUACUUAAUUUGCGAUAUGAAUGCUGUGAGUGCUUUGUACAUCAUUGUCAGAUUUGUGUCAUCCAACAUUGAUGCAAGGAAACGCACAUACACUAUAUCUAUAAAACAGUUUGGAUUAAUUGCUAAAAAUACAUGUUUGCUUGAACUGAAUGAGCAUUGUUUAUUUAAUUUAUACAAAUGAUUGUAACUUAUUGUUAGGCACCUGUUAAACAGAACUGGUUUAUGUUUUAUACUUAUUGGGAAGAAAACAUUAGUACACUCUAUAUUCAGAUGAAACAAAACAACCUCAGUACAUCAGGUUGUUAAAUGAAAAGUAAACUUUAUUAUUCCUGAACCACAAAAUAGACUUCUUUGGUUGUACAAAUUCACUAGUUACAGUCCUGAAUGAGCUAGAUCCCCAAACCUUCAGUCCCACCCUCCCACUUAGCAAACAAAAUCCUCCCCAACAUUAAAUCAAGAAAACAAUGAGAUACCAAACGCUUUUGCUCUGAUAAUGUAAGAAUGUAGUGAAUCCCAUUAGCCCACUGGUUACAGAAAACCAAACUUUCUCCUCAAACUAUGCUUUCUAAAAAUAAAAUGAUCAGCCAAACUUUUAUUAACCAAAAACUGAAUUUCAGUCAAUGAGAGCAACACAAAAGCUAAGAUUAGUAAAAUAGAAACUAUUUUAUAAGACUGACAAGGUCAUUGGGUCACUGUUAAUCUGUCAUCUGAACUGGUUUGAGAAAAAAAAUGUAUUCGAAGGGAUAAUCGUUGUAUUCCUCCCACAGGACUGAAAGAACAAUUGCAAAAUUGCAAUAAGCCAAUAUUUACACAGGGAUGACUCGGUCCAGACCCUGCCAGAAACAUCUACCACCUCCAGACAUUAGUUUGGUCUUGGAGCAGAAAGGCUCAGAUUAAACUCUGAUUUUUGCUUUUUUAUGCAUUUGUACAUUAUUCACACAAUGAGCAUUUUCAGUGGCUUUCAUUUUUUAUACCAGUUAAAAUUUAGCUAAAUGUAGAAAUAUAUAACAUCUACUACCUUCACACACCAGCAUAGAAACAGAUAUGAGUGAGAAUUAUAGAUGUUGAUUACAUCUCCCUCCCCCAGUGCUAAAAAAGUAAAAUGGUACCAUACAUUUGCGGACAUGUGAGGCAAUGACUGGCGAAUGAUGAUACCACUGAUUCUCACAUUUGAG